UCAAUGAAGCUUAUCAUUUCCCUCUAAAAUAUUAUAAUUUGUUGUUCAAUUUCCUUUCCCAAAGAUUCAUAGAGAAUGCGAACGUUUUGACAGUUCAUGACUUCAAAGGGCCACAUGUUUUCCUUAAAUACUCGUUUGGCUGUUUUCUCCUGCUCAUUUUCUUUUCUCCGAGAAUAAUAUUAUACACCAUUAACACGUUGCUCCUUCAAUUUCUUGCUCCUCAUCUCAAGAACUCAGCUCAUCCAUUGUCAAGCAACAAAGAUUACUGCAAAACAAUUUCUGGGUUUUAGCUUUUCUUGAUUUUCAAGCACUAUUCCAUCAUAAAUGGAGAGUGCUGACCUCUAUAGAGCUAGUAGUAGCUUAAGAAGAGGGAGCUUUUCUACAUGGAGAAACAAUCCUUCUGAUGUUUUUACGAGAUCUUCUCGAGAAGAAGACGAUGAGGAAGCUCUAAAAUGGGCUGCACUUGAGAAACUACCCACAUAUGAUCGUUUGAGGAAAGGUAUAUUUCUUAGUGCUUCUAAAGGUGCCGUUAAUGAGAUCGAUGUAGACAAUCUUGGAUUUCAAGAAAGGAAAACUUUGCUUGAGAGGUUGGUUAAAGUUGCUGAAGAGGAUAAUGAGAAGUUCUUGUUGAAGCUCAAAAAUCGUAUUGAUAGAGUUGGUAUUGAGAUUCCAACAAUAGAAGUUCGAUUUGAGCAUCUAAAUAUUGAAGCAGAUGCUUAUGUAGGAAGCAGUGCUUUGCCCUCAUUCAUUAACUUCUCCGUUCAUAUGCUUGAGGGAUUCUUGAAUUAUCUUCAUGUCCUUCCCAGUAGAAAGAGACCAUUGACCAUCCUUAAGGAUGUUAGUGGAGUCAUCAAGCCAUCAAGAAUGACUUUGCUUUUGGGUCCUCCAAGUUCAGGAAAGACCACACUUUUAUUAGCACUGGCUGGAAAGCUUGAUCCCAAUCUAAAGUUUUCUGGUACUGUAACCUACAAUGGCCAUGGGAUGGAUGAAUUCAUACCCCAGAGAACCGCUGCCUAUAUAAGUCAACAUGAUGUUCAUAUAGGAGAAAUGACCGUAAGAGAAACUUUGGCAUUUUCUGCCAGAUGCCAAGGAGUUGGAACUCAACAUGAGCUGUUAGCAGAGCUGUCUAGAAGAGAGAAAGAUGCAAAUAUUAAGCCUGACCCUGAUAUUGAUGUCUUCAUGAAGGCUGCAGCAACAGAAGGUCAGGAGACUAGUGUGGUCACCGAUUACAUUUUAAAGAUAUUAGGAUUGGAAAUCUGUGCAGAUACUUUGGUAGGAAAUGAAAUGAUAAGGGGUAUCUCUGGAGGACAAAGGAAGCGUGUCACGACAGGUGAAAUGUUGGUUGGACCCGCAAAAGCACUAUUUAUGGAUGAGAUAUCUACUGGCUUGGACAGCUCAACAACUUAUCAAAUUGUGAACUCGCUGAAGCAAUCCAUUCAUAUUCUUAAUGGAACUGCUGUCAUAUCCCUCCUCCAGCCAGCUCCAGAGACUUAUGACCUCUUUGAUGAUAUUAUUUUGUUGUCAGACGGCCAGAUUGUGUACCAAGGUCCCCGUGAACAAGUUCUUGGUUUUUUUGAAUAUAUGGGCUUCAAGUGUCCUGAAAGAAAAGGCGUGGCUGACUUCUUACAGGAAGUGACAUCAAGGAAAGAUCAGAAGCAGUAUUGGGCACGUAGAGAUCAACCUUAUAGUUUUGUCACAGUUCAGGAAUUUGCUGAGGCAUUCCAAUCAUAUGAUGUGGGGCGUAGAAUUGGAGAUGAGCUUUCAACUCCAUUUGAUAAAACCAAGAGCCAUCCUGCUGCUUUGUCAACCAAAAAGUUUGGAGUUGGAAAAAUGGAGCUGCUUAAAGCCUGCAUGUCAAGGGAGUACUUGCUAAUGAAGAGAAAUUCAUUUGUCUACAUCUUCAAGCUCACCCAACUUACAUUUAUGGCAAUCAUUAUGAUGACACUCUUCUUGAGGACUGAGAUGCACCGAGACAAUAUUAUGGAUGGAGGAGUAUAUUUGGGUGCUUUGUUCUUCACUGUUAUCAUGGUCAUGUUCAAUGGUAUGGCAGAGCUAUCCAUGACCAUUGCCAAACUUCCAGUGUUCUACAAGCAAAGAGAACUCCUAUUUUAUCCUGCAUGGGCAUAUUCUAUUCCCACAUGGAUUCUUAAAAUUCCUGUGACAUUUGUAGAAGUUGCUGUUUGGGUUUUCUUGACCUACUACGUUGUUGGAUUUGAUCCGAAUGUUACACGGUUCUUCAAGCAUUACUUUGUCCUGUUACUUGUUAACCAGAUGGCUUCUGCACUAUUUCGAUGUAUUGCUGCAACUGGAAGGAAUGUGAUUGUUGCCAACACCUUUGGAUCAUUUUCACUACUUACACUUUUCGCACUCGGUGGCUUUGUACUAUCACGAGAUGAGAUAAAGAAAUGGUGGAUAUGGGGUUACUGGAUGUCACCAUUGAUGUAUGGGCAGAACGCAAUAGUAGCUAAUGAGUUUCUUGGAAAAAGCUGGAGCCAUAUUCCACCGAACUCGACAGAAUCGUUGGGAGUUCAAGUAAUGAAAGGCCGUGGUUUCUUCCCUGAUGCAUAUUGGUAUUGGUUAGGGGCAGGUGCAUCGGCUGGAUUCAUAAUAGUAUUCAACAUCUGUUUCGCUCUUGCUCUCACUUUCCUUGACCCAUUUGAGAAACCUCAGGCUGUUAUAACUGAAGAUUCCCAAAGUAAUGAUCCAGAUGAUGAAGAUGGAGGAGAUAUUCUGUUAACAAACAAUGGAAGUAGUCACAAAUCAAGCACAGGUGCUGGUGAAGAAAUUAGACAGGUCAACCAUAACAAGAAGAAAGGAAUGGUUCUUCCAUUUGAACCACAUUCCGUUGCCUUUGACAAUGUUGUCUACUCAGUUGAUAUGCCACAGGAAAUGAAAAGUCAGGGAGUCCUUGAAGACAAAUUGGUGCUAUUGAAGGGUGUGAGUGGUGCCUUCAGGCCAGGUGUUCUCACAGCUUUAAUGGGUGUCAGUGGGGCCGGUAAAACCACUCUGAUGGAUGUGCUGGCUGGUAGGAAAACUGGUGGAUAUAUUGAGGGGAACAUCACAAUUUCUGGGUUUCCAAAGAAGCAAGAAACCUUUGCCAGAAUAUCAGGAUACUGUGAGCAAAAUGACAUCCACUCUCCACAUGUUACAGUCUAUGAAUCCUUGGUCUACUCAGCUUGGCUUCGUCUACCCCCUGAAGUUGACUCUAAGACCAGAAAGAUGUUUGUUGAUGAAGUGAUGGAGCUUGUUGAACUAAAUCCAUUACGACAAGCACUAGUUGGAUUACCAGGUGUGAGUGGUCUUUCUACAGAGCAGAGAAAGCGGUUGACAAUAGCAGUUGAGCUAGUUGCAAACCCCUCUAUAAUAUUCAUGGAUGAGCCAACUUCAGGGCUAGAUGCAAGAGCUGCUGCAAUUGUGAUGAGAACAGUUAGAAACACUGUGGAUACAGGACGAACUGUUGUGUGCACCAUCCAUCAGCCAAGCAUUGACAUAUUUGAUGCUUUUGAUGAGCUAUUCCUGAUGAAGAGAGGAGGAGAAGAAAUAUAUGUGGGGCCAUUGGGUAGACAUUCUUGCCAUUUAAUCAAAUAUUUUGAGGGAAUUGAAGGAGUCAGUAAAAUUACAGAUGGUUAUAAUCCAGCAACUUGGAUGUUAGACAUUACCAGUUAUGCACAAGAAUUAGCUCUGAAUGUUGACUUUGCUGCCAUUUACAAGAAUUCAGAAUUGUACAGGAGAAACAAAGCAAUGAUAAUGGAAUUAAGCACACCUGCUCCUGGUUCAAAGGACCUCUAUUUCCCUACACAGUACUCACAGUCAUUUUUAACCCAAUGUAUAGCUUGUAUAUGGAAGCAGCGUUUGUCAUACUGGCGGAAUCCACCAUAUACUGCAGUAAGAUUUUUGUUCACAACCUUUAUCGCUUUGAUGUUCGGGACAAUGUUCUGGAAGAUUGGCUCUAAGUUGAAAAAGCAGCAAGAUCUUUUUAAUGCUGCUGGAGCAAUGUAUGCAGCAGUUCUCUUUCUUGGGGUGCAAAAUGCUUCAUCUGUCCAGCCAGUUGUGGCAAUUGAAAGAACUGUCUUCUAUAGAGAGAGAGCUGCUGGAAUGUAUUCAGCUAUGCCCUAUGCUUAUGCACAGGUCCUUGUUGAGCUUCCAUAUGUUUUUGCACAAGCCAUCUUCUAUGGAACUAUAACAUAUGCAAUGAUGGGAUUUGAAUGGACUAUUGCUAAGUUCUUCUGGUACUUAUUCUUCAUGUAUUUCACAUUACUCUACUUCACCUUAUACGGUAUGAUGACUGUCGCCGUUACGCCAAACCACCACAUUGCUGCCAUAGUUUCCUCUGCAUUUUAUGGAAUGUGGAACAUCUUUGCAGGCUUUAUACUCCCCCGAACCAGAAUGCCUGUGUGGUGGAGGUGGUACUUCUGGAUAUGUCCAGUAGCAUGGACAUUGUAUGGAUUAAUUGCAUCCCAAUUUGGAGAUGUUAAAGAUGUUCUUGCCAAUGGUCAGACAGUUGAAGAUUUCAUAAGAGAAUAUUAUGGUUACAAACAUGACUUUGUGGGAGUAACUGCUUGUGUCAUUGUUGGGAUUGUUGUUCUUUUUGCUUUUAUUUUUGGUAUCUCCAUCAGAUCCUUCAAUUUCCAGAGGCGAUGAAGAUUGUUCUUCUGAAUUAUUUUCAAGGAAACCUUCUCAGGCAAGUGACACCAGGACCCAAGAAAUUUUUUAUUUUUCUAUUGUAUUUUAAAAAAAUUUAUAUAUAUUUGAAUAGAAGAAGAAAACUUUACAAAAAUGUUAAUUUGUAAAAUCAAUUCAAAUAAGGUGAUUUGAUGGAUUCUUAUUAGAUUGAAGUUGUAUAUGCUCAACUUCUCUCUAAAAAGAUUUCAAUACCCAUAUCAAUACUAUGCUAUUUAUUUAUC